AUGAACGACGCCGGUCCCGAUACUCCCUCCAAGCCUUACGUUGUGCCACAGCUGAGACAACACACUCCCGCCAGGAAGAAUGGCCGUGCCACAGAGCUUCUAACCCGGUUCGACGUGCUGCGCUCGGCCGCCAACGCUGCAUCCCGCAACCUCGGGACCACGCCAGCUCUGAGCAGCAUUCUCGAAUCACCUCCAUACCCUCCAGGCAAUCAUCCGGACAUGGCACAUCUCGCCGAAGAGACCCCGCUCGCUGCCGAGUCUGGGGGGUGGCAAUGCGCUUCGAUACACGACUGCUCAUCAUCCCCCUCCUUUCCAAUCCCUGCACAUUUGCAGCAUCCGAUCGUUGCCUUCAAGAAACUCCUGCCCGAGAGUCUCCUAGGAGGCGAUCCAGACGUGUACCUUGUCUACUUCCAAGAACAGCUCAUGUUGCAGACGAUGGAGCUGACACUUGCGGCGAGGCGGGAAAACCUACCUCGCCAUCUCGACCCUCCACUUGUCUACCUCACGGCUUUGGCCAAUACGGUCGAUAAAGUCAAGCAGCCGCAACGAUAUGCCGCGAAGGUGACGCGAGCAAGGAAACGUGAACAGAUCCAGAAACUUCUUGAUGCUCUCGAGAAAGGAUUCGGGGGGUUGUUGGAGGUCGACGAUUCAGCCGGUCAAGACAAGGUACUGGAUGAAAACGACGACGGGUUCAAUGAUCUUAUCACCACCUACGACUCUGAUCUUCGAAGGCAGCUCGAGGCGUUGAAGCCGCGCAUGGUGGGAUGUCGCUUCACUUUGGGAGUGGUCGUGCUCGUGGUCGGUGUAUUGGCCAUGUUGAUCCACUCCAGGUCUUUGUACUGA